UCAAACCUCAACUGUAAGAAGCGCCGGUCAGCGUCUGUGCGGUCGCCGCCGGGAGUCGCCUCACAGGGGCCUGGCUGACCGCGACCAGCCGUUGUGGGGAAGCGUGCGAGGUAAAAGUCAGUGCCUAGAGAAGCAGGUCUGGCAGUCAUCAGCAUGUCUCGGAGGAGGUUUGAUUGCCGAAGUGUCUCUGGCUUGCUAACUACAACCCCUCAAACACCGAUGAAAACAGAGAAUUUUAAUAAUUUCUAUACGCUUACCCCGAAAGAACUUGGGAGAGGAAAAUUUGCUGUGGUUAGACAAUGUAUAUCAAGAUCAACUGGACAGGAGUAUGCUGCCAAAUUUCUGAAAAAGAGAAGAAGAGGGCAGGAUUGCCGGGCAGAGAUUCUGCAUGAGAUAGCUGUGCUGGAGCUGGCCAGGUCUUGUCCCCACGUGAUUAAUCUGCACGAGGUCUACGAAAAUGCAACCGAAAUCAUUUUGGUGUUAGAAUACCAGCUCUACAUGACACUCUGGUUUCAGUGGAGUGAUCUGUCAGUUCUGCUUAAACCUGCUAAUACCACACCUGGCAGUAGUUUGCCUCAGAAUAUACUUUUGAGCAGUAUAUACCCACUUGGGGACAUAAAAAUUGUAGAUUUUGGAAUGUCUCGAAAAAUUGGAAAUGCAUGUGAGCUUCGGGAAAUCAUGGGAACACCUGAAUACUUAGCUCCAGAAAUCCUCAACUAUGAUCCCAUUACCACAGCAACAGAUAUGUGGAAUAUUGGCAUAAUAGCGUAUAUGUUGUUAACUCAUACAUCACCAUUUGUAGGAGAAGAUAAUCAAGAAACAUAUCUGAAUAUUUCUCAAGUAAAUGUAGAUUAUUCAGAAGAAAUGUUUUCAUCAGUUUCACAACUGGCCACAGACUUCAUCCAGAGCCUCCUAGUAAAGAAUCCAGAGAAAAGACCAACAGCAGAGUCCUGCCUUUCCCAUUCAUGGCUGCAGCAGUGGGACUUUGGAAGCUUGUUUCAUCCUGAGGAAACUUCAGGUUCCUCUCAAAUUCAGGAUCUGACCCUCAGGUCCUCAGAGGAUAAGACCCCCAAGUCCUCCUGUAAUGGAAGCUGUGGAGACCGGGAGGACAAGGAAAACAUCCCUGAGGAUGGCAGCUUAGUUUCUAAAAGAUUUCGAUUUGACGACUCCUUGCCCAGCCCCCAUGAACUCGUUCCAGAUUUGUUCUGUUAGCAUUUUUCUCUGUGACUCAUCUGGACUGACUUGGAAAUUUGAAAUCUUCUCUGGUGUGAGAUUGUGUUUGUAGCCUCAUAUAUAAUAUGUUUAUAUUAUAAAUGCACUUUUGCUUAGAAGAACUUAAGGAACAGUUUGAAUGCUAGGCUUCUAUUAGCUAGCAUAUCAUUUCCUAUCCUGAAAUUAUUUUAUAGAGAAAAAUAUUUAAAUAUAUGACAAAAAUAUAAAUUGUGCAUGCAACUGAAAGAAUUCAAAUUCAGCCAAACUUAUAAAAUGGGUUAUAUUAUGGUUAGUAAAGAUUGAACAAACUGAAAACAGGAAUUUAGUAGGUUCUCUCUAAGGUAAGCCCUAUACCAUAACUCUAUUAACAGAGAAUUUGUUUGGGGAAAUGCUGUCAAGGGUAAACCACAAUAUGUACUGCAUUAUAACUACUCCAGAGACAUUUUUUAAUGGAAAAUGUUUCCCAGUCACCAAUAGCUUGAAACUACGGUUUUCUUUGUGUGCCAUGCACUCCAUGAGAGGGCACAGUCAACCAGAGCAGGGAGGAAGUCAGACUGAUCCAGGCUGUUUCUCUGCAAACUGACUCAAAGCUUGACGUCAUUUCCAACUCAUGUAUUUUGUACAUACAUCAUCUAUCAGAUCUAGUAAGAUCUGCAAGAUACAUGGUAUCAAAAUAAAAGAGGCCUUCAUCCUGUAGAGUUAUCAGAGUAGAGGAGAAUUGGAUAGUACCAAAUGUGUUCUAAUUUCAGUCAGACAUAUUCAUAAAGGGAAAUGUUAAAUUCAGGCAGCUGACUUAGUGUUGGGUGCCUCCUAAGUCUCAGGAUACAAGCCCAUCGUUUAGAGCAUAGGCACUUCUGGAGUUCUUGUGUGAAAUUCUAGUGAGUGAGGAAGAGUGACAUGCAGCUGUCUUCAGACUCCCUGUGUAUGUGUUCUGCUGAACACAACACAUGAGAGUGUCCAGUGUUGUCCGUGGUCAAUAUCUAUGUUCAAUCCUGAUGGGAGGGGCCUGGGGACUGCCUUGGAGAUUUCCCACUGGUGUCCAUUUUAAGGUCUGUAAUAACAUCAUGUUAAGAUAACAUCUCAUAAAUAUGCCACUCUAUCAGAUUCCAUUGCCAAAACAAAUGAAAAGCCUCUGUAUUGAAGUUGGUGUUAGUCUAACAACCUGUAAAUUCUUGAAAUUGUUAAUAAAAUUCCAAAUUCUUUAGAUAACUUUAAACUAUUUAAAUUGAGCAUUGGUGUCUUUGUUUGACUAAACGUUGAGUUCCUUUUACAUCUUUGUUAUUUUUAAAGGAAAAGUUGUUUGCCUUUUGUAUAUGUAUGUGCAUAUGUGUAUGUGUACAGGUAUAUGUAUAUAUGUAUAGAUAGAUAAAAUAUAGCCUUUAAACAGUUACAUGUUAGAUAUUCUUGUGUUUUAUGCUCAACUCAGGUGCCAAAGGAGCCCUCUUAUCUGAAUAAUAAGUAUGCACAUACAUUCUUUAAGAAGUAGUCUGUUGGUCCAAGAAGCCAAACACUGAAGAUGCUAAAUUUAACUCUUGUGUUUCUGAAAUCGAGAAGCUGUUGGUAAAUUAUUGAUUGCUUUUGUACUUUCCAUCAGUGUUAAUUCAGGUAAAGUCAUUAGUCAGUCAUUAGGAAAUGUGGUUACUUUCCCAAAUGGUGAUAUUUUAUUGAAAAACUUUAAAAAGUAUUAUGCCAGAUGCCAAAAGUAAGCAUUUGAAAAUUUAAUUUUAAGUCACUUGUGUAAAAUUACAUUUUAUUGUCUGUAUUUUUUUCUGAAGAAUUCUGAGAUAGUUUGUGUGUUUCCCUUAGUUAAUGGGCUACUAAGUUGUAAAUUCUCAUACCUUUCCUUGGAACAUUGUUUAUUGUAAAACAGUAGCUAGUGGUUGUACACAAUAAAAAACAGUUUUUCCAUAAAAGCAAAUUUACAAAUUUGCCAUGUUGAAGUGUGGAAAUAAAUGUCUUUUGAGAGAAUUAA